GGUACUUGAGUCUGCAUCCAACUCUGGUCCUGUGAAGAAACCAAAGCUGGUAAAUGAAUGAAGCUCUUUUUGUUCUUGCAGUUCUUUCAGUGGGGAAGAUGGAGAAGCUGAUCAGUUGCGUCCUUGUCACCAUUGUUUUGGUAAUGAGCCGAGAAAGCUGGGCGCUGGAGGACUGUCUCCAGGAGCAGGAGCGGCUCAGAGCCCAGGUGCGCCUGCUGGAGACCCGUGUCAAGCUGCAGCAGGUCAAGAUCGCUCACCUUUUGCAUGAGAAGGAAGUCCAGUUCCUAGACAGAGAAGAGAAUAGUGUCAUUGACCUUGGAGGCAAGAGGAAGUAUGCAGGAGAAUACACUUUAAAAGUUGACCUUGCUGAUUUUGAAAAAAAUAGCCGUUAUGCACAGUAUAAAAAUUUCAAAGUGGGAGAUGAAAAGAAUGCCUAUGAAUUGAAUAUCGGGGAAUAUUCCGGAACAGCUGGAGACUCCCUUGCCGGGAAUUUUCAUCCUGAAGUUCAGUGGUGGGCUAGUCACCAAAGAAUGAAAUUCAGCACCUGGGACAAAGACAACGACAACUACAAAGGGAACUGCGCAGAAGAGGACAAGUCUGGCUGGUGGUUUAACAGGUUCGGAGUUGUAUAA